AUUUUAUGAAAAAAUAUGUAUAGAGUUUAAAAGGUGUAGCUUAAACUGAAAAUCCCCAGAUCCGAUUUUGGUGGUUAUGAUGAAAUAUAAUGGGGAAAAUAGGAAGACAUAAAGAGGACGAAUAACAGAAAAGAGAAUAUUCGUCCGGGACAUUAGCAAUGCUACUUCUUUGCUAACCUCUAAUUAACCAAAUAUCACCUUCACAAUACCCCAAACAAAUUAUAACAGUCAUUCUACUAUUUGAACAACAAUUUGUCAAUCAUCAAAACGCAAUAAAAUUACGAGUAACAAUAUAUUUUGCAGUACUUGAUACGGAGUAGAUAGAUUGUUUUUGUUUGACAAUAUUUUGGAGACUCCAUUAGCUUGUUUUUGUUUUCUUCAGGUCAGUCCUUUUCUUUAUUCACUCUGCAAUUACGUUCUUGCAUGGUAUCCUCUUUAAUUAAUUAAGAACACUUGCAUGUCCAUGGAUUUAACUUUUUAUUUCCUACUCCAAGUUGUAAUUAAUUGCCUUUGAAUUUAUUCAUUUUUUUUUUGUCAAGUGCUCCAGAAAGUUGUGAUUUGCUGUUAUUUAUGCUGUUGUAUGUUGAAUUCUAAUUUGUUCUUCCCAGUUGAAUUUCUAUUAUUCCAUACAUAUGAACAUUGAAGGAACCAGGAUUUUCAUCCAGGGUAGUCAAACUAUAGUAAAAAAAUAAAAACACAAAGAAGUGAAAAGGGGAUUCAACAUAUACUUUACAUAUAUUAUGAAUUUUCCUAUUAAUUACAUAGUGCAAUUUUCCAUCCAAGACACCCCUUGGAAAAGAGUGGCUCGGCCACUGUAUACCAAGUACCUUAUGACCAUGUAUACAUCUACGUUUAAGCAUAUAAACUAAUUAAACAGUAACUUAACUUAUAUACACCAACAAUAUAAUUAAAGAAUUUAUACACCAUCAGUGCAUGCUAUAACCAAGUGUCACAGGUCGGUUAAUUACCUUAUUUUUCAGGUAACUAAUUCACACUUAUAGGGAUCAGUUACAAUUAUCUCUGAUAUGACUUGACAGGUCAAUAAUAUGUGUCAGUGUAUAAAAUAGAAGUUAAACUCGUUAAACUCAUUAAACACUCCCCAUGAAUCUUUCUUGUCUUUCUCAUACUUACCUUAAGCUUAUAGUAGCAGCGCCGGAGGUAGAGUGGUCCUCUUUCACAGUGAUAAGCUUUAUCCACACAUAUAAAAGAUAGACAUAAAGUACCUAACAUGUUGAGUUUUUUCCCUCUUAAUUACUGUUCACAACAUUCUUUCUAGUCAUAAUUGAUUUUGGAGUUGUUUAGGGAUGAUUUUUCAAUUUGGGAGAUAGUUGUCUCCUUACCCCCUUUACCAGUUCAAAUGCAUUACAUGAAGUAUAUCUUCUCUCCUUCCUACAAUGUUAUUACUACUGUAAUCUUUAUUUAUAUAGUACUGGUUAUGGUGUUAUACUAGAGUGGCUCUUCAUUAGUAUAUAUGCUCUUGGUAGACAUCUUGGCAUCAUGAGUGAAUUGUCUUUUCACUUGAGUCUAUACAAAUGAAAGUAAAAUUUGCAGGGAAAAGGAAUUGGACAAGGAAAUGAAGGACCUCUGGACUGUGUUUUGUGGGGCACCUGGUUGUUCGGACAACAAUGGAAAGCUUUGCCAUACUGAUUUUGGGUCAAUGACAGAUCCUUCAUCCUGUAUCAAUCAUGUGUUGAUAAUUUGUUUUGAUGUUAUACUUUUGCUCGUCUUCUUAUUCAAUCUGUUUUCCAAGGCAUCCAUAAGAGCUACGAAUAUUCCUGCUCACUUUCAUGGGUUUUCACGUUUGCAGUUGAUUUCUGCUAUUUUUAAUGGCUUCCUAGGAUUGUUAUAUUUGGCAUUUGGCAUUUGGAUUUUAGAAGAUAAGGUGAUGAAAACCCACAGUUCAUUACCUCUACACUGGUGGUUAUUAAUCAUGUUUCACGGAACAACAUGGUUAUUAGUAAGUUGUACCACAAGUCUUCGAGGAAAAUAUUUCUCAAAAACCCCUCUGAGGCUUUUGUCAAUUCUUGCUUUUAUCUUUGCUGGGGUUUCUUGCGGUUUCUCUCUCUUUGCUGCCGUUUUUGUCAAAAGGGCAUCAUUGAAGAUAGCUUUAGAUAUAUUGUCUUCCUUAGGAGCAUGUUUAUUGUUGUUAUGCACCUAUAAAGAGCUAAAGCAGGAAGAUGUCAUUGGAAAUGACCUUUAUGCUCCCUUAAAUGGAAUCAGUAAAAGUAAUUCUGUUAGCUGCAUCACUCAAUUUGCUAAGGCUGGAAUCUUGAGUAAAAUGUCAUUUUGGUGGUUGAAUUCGCUGAUGAAGAAGGGGAAGAAGAAAACUCUUGAGGAUGAGGACAUACCUAGAUUGUGUGAGGCAGAUCGUGCAGAAUCAUGUUACUUAAUAUUUGAGGAGCUAUUGAACAAACAGAAACAAGUUGAUCCCACUUCCCAGCCAUCAGUUUUGAAGACAAUUUUCAUAUGUCACCGGAAAGAGAUUAUUGUUACAGGAUUCUUUGCACUGUUGAAAGUAGUCACUGUGUCAGCAGGUCCUUUGCUUCUUAACGCCUUUAUUAAGGUUGCUGAAGGAAAUGCAAGUUUCAGAAAUGAGGGACUUUUCUUGGCCAUUCUGCUUUUCACUUCAAAGAGCUUGGAGUCCGUAGCACAAAGACAGUGGUAUUUCAGGUGCAGACUAAUUGGUCUAAAAGUGAGGUCUUUACUUACAGCAGCUAUUUAUAGGAAGCAAAUUAAAUUAUCUAAUGCCGCCAAAUUGAUGCAUUCCAGUGGUGAGAUUAUGAACUAUGUUACUGUGGAUGCUUAUCGUAUUGGAGAGUUUCCUUUUUGGCUGCAUCAAACCUGGACAACAACUGUCCAGCUCUGCCUCGUACUUAUAAUUCUCUUUCACACUGUUGGUGUUGCAACUAUUGCAUCCUUGGUAGUGAUUAUACUCACUGUGCUGUGCAAUACUCCCCUUGCAAAGUUACAGCAUAAGUUCCAGACCAAGUUACUGGUUGCACAAGAUGAUAGGCUAAAAGCUAUUUCUGAGGCUCUUGUUAGUAUGAAGGUUCUAAGAUUAUAUGCAUGGGAAGCCCAUUUCAAAAAUGUUAUCCAGAUUUUGAGGCAAGUAGAAGAAAAGUGGUUAUCAGCUGUUCAGUUACGUAGAUCAUAUAAUAGCUUCCUUUUCUGGUCAUCUCCUGUUUUGGUUUCUGCUGCUACUUUUGUGACUUGUUAUUUCCUUGGUAUUCCACUAAAUGCGAGCAACGUUUUUACCUUUGUUGCAACUUUACGCCUGGUUCAGGAUCCCAUUAGAACAAUUCCGGAUGUUAUUGGUGUGGUAAUUCAAGCAAAGGUCUCCUUUGAGAGGAUUGUCAAGUUCCUUGAGGCAUCUGAGCUGGAAAUGAGACGGGAAUGCAUCAGAAGCACAGAUCAUGCUGUACUCAUCAAAUCAGCUAAUCUCUCAUGGGAAGAGAGUCCAUCGCGACCAACUCUCAGAAACAUUAAUUUGGAGGUUAAACCUGGUGAGAAGAUUGCUAUAUGUGGGGAAGUUGGCUCAGGAAAGUCAUCUCUUCUGUCAGCAAUUCUGGGAGAGGUUCCAAGUAUACAAGGAACAGUUCAAGUAUAUGGAACAACUGCCUAUGUCUCUCAAUCAGCAUGGAUUCAGACAGGGACAAUACGAGAGAAUAUUUUGUUCGGUUCUCCAUUGGAUAGCCAGAGAUACCAGCAAACCUUGGAGAAGUGUUCACUGUUAAAAGAUCUCGAGAUACUACCUUAUGGUGAUCUCACGGAAAUAGGAGAAAGAGGAGUCAAUCUUAGUGGUGGACAAAAGCAGAGAAUUCAACUUGCUCGUGCUUUGUAUCAUGAUGCGGAUAUAUAUCUCUUGGAUGAUCCCUUUAGUGCUGUAGAUGCCCAUACCUCGACUAGCCUAUUCAAUGAAUACAUUAUGGGAGCUCUUUCCAGGAAGACUAUCUUACUUGUGACCCAUCAAGUUGAUUUUCUUCCUGCAUUCAAUAUGGUUCUGUUAAUGUCAGAUGGAGAAAUUUUACGCUCAGCUUCAUAUGAUCAGUUAUUGGCCUCGAGCAAAGAAUUUCAAAACUUGGUUAAUGCACACAAAGAGACUGCUGGUUCAGAAAGGGUUUCGGAGGCUUUUUAUUCGCCAAGAAGUGAUACUUGUUCAAGAGAAAUUAAAAAUAAGGAUAGUGGUAAACAACCAAAAACCUCUGGAGGAGAUCAGUUGAUCAAGCAAGAGGAGAGGGAAGUUGGAGACACUGGAUUUAAGUCUUAUGUUCAGUAUUUGAAUCAAAAUAAAGGAUACUUGUUCUUUGCCAUAGCUGUUGUUUCGCAACUUGCGUUUGUGGCCGGUCAGAUAUUACAAAACUCCUGGAUGGCUGCAAAUGUUGAAAAUCCUGAAGUUAGCACUUUGAGACUGAUUUCAGUUUACUUGCUAAUUGGAUUUGUAUCCACACUUUUUUUGCUCUCUAGAUCUCUAUCAACUGUUCUUUUGGGUUUGCAAUCUUCAAAGUCCUUGUUCUCACAGCUACUAAAUUCUCUCUUCCGUGCACCUAUGUCAUUUUAUGACUCCACACCUUUGGGAAGGAUACUAAGCAGGGUCUCAUCAGAUUUGAGUAUAGUUGAUCUUGACGUCCCAUUCUACUUGAUUUUUGCGGUUGCAUCUACCACAAACUUUUAUUCUAAUCUUACAGUACUAGGUGUUGUUACUUGGCAAGUUUUGUUUGUCUCCAUCCCAAUGGUUUAUGUGGCCAUUCUCUUACAGAGAUACUACUUUGCAUCUGCCAAAGAGUUGAUGCGGAUCAAUGGAACUACCAAAUCAUUUGUGGCCAACCAUCUUGCUGAAUCCAUUGCUGGAGCUGUGACUAUAAGGGCAUUCAAGGAGGAAGAGAGAUUUUUCGUGAAAACAUUUGAACUAAUUGAUAUAAAUGCCAGUCCUUUCUUCCACAAUUUUGCAGCAAAUGAGUGGUUGAUUCAACGGCUGGAAACUAUUAGUGCAACUGUUCUUGCUUCCUCAGCACUUUGCAUGGUUUUACUUCCUCCUGGGACUUUCAGCUCUGGAUUUAUUGGGAUGGCUUUAUCUUAUGGUCUUUCCCUAAACAUAACCCUUGUUUCUUCCAUUCAAUAUCAGUGCACUUUGGUGAACUAUAUCAUUUCUGUGGAAAGACUUAACCAGUAUAUGCAUAUACCAAGUGAAGCUCCUGAAAUUUUAGAAGAGAGCCGUCCCCCAGUCAAUUGGCCUUCGAGGGGUAAGGUCGAAAUUCAAGAUUUGCAGAUAAGAUAUAGGAAGGAUUCCAGACUUGUUCUUAGAGGGAUCAGCUGUACAUUUGAAGGAGGUCAUAAAGUUGGUAUUGUUGGACGAACUGCCAGUGGAAAGAGUACACUCAUUAGUGCACUAUUUCGACUAGUGGAGCCUGCAGGUGGAAGGAUUGUGGUUGAUGGAGUAGACAUUUGUAAAAUUGGUCUUCAUGAUUUGAGGUCCCGUUUCGGGGUAAUACCUCAGGAUCCUACUCUUUUCAAUGGAACAGUGAGAUGCAAUUUAGAUCCCCUAUGUCAGCAUACUGACCACGAAAUCUGGGAGGUUCUUGGGAAAUGUCAGCUACACGAGGCAGUUAAGGAAAAAGCAAAAGGGCUUGAUUCCUUGGUUGUAGAAGACGGGUUAAACUGGAGCAUGGGGCAGCGACAACUGUUCUGUUUGGGGCGUGCUCUUUUGAGGAAAAGCAAGAUUCUGGUGCUUGAUGAAGCAACAGCAUCAAUUGACAAUGCCACCGACAUGAUAUUGCAAAAAACUAUCAGGGAGGAAUUUGCUAACUGUACUGUUAUUACAGUUGCCCAUAGAAUACCCACAGUAAUGGAUUGUACAAUGGUUCUGGCCAUUAGUGACGGAAAAUUAGUGGAGUAUGACAAACCUAUGAAGCUGAUGAAGAAUGAAGGUUCGCUCUUUAGGAAGCUUGUUAAGGAGUACUGGUCUCAUUAUCACUCAGCGAAAUCACAUUGAAGUAAAGUGCAGAUCUGUAACACAUUCUGUGGUGCAUCAAACUUCACAAACGUUGCCUAAUUGCAACCCCAAUCAGUCCAUUGAGAGAAUCACUAAACUCAAUGUUGGUCUAUCUAUGGCAUGGAUAUGUGAUUUUUCUCUAAAUGUUAGUGCAUAACUUGUUGUAGGCUGUUGACAUCGGGAAGGUUAAGUAUGCAGUGGGCUAAACCAACUGCAGCUUACUAGCCUUAGCGUACCGAUUUUCUUGAUUUUGUAAACAGGUUUUAUUUAGGCAUGCUAGCAAAGUCUUUUUUUGAGGGUCAUAAAUGUAUAAUCUUCCAGUAUUAUGAAUGAAAUUCUUUGCACCUUCCAAUCUUCA